AAGAGAGAAGCCCAAGAACCUAAAAAGAAAAACCUAAAAAGAAAAAGAAACUUGAGCGCCAAGCUUCUCUCUUCCUUCCCAUGGGGUGCAUUUGAAUACAUUUCCUUCUUGAAAAAAUCGCUUUUGAUCGAUUGUAAUUAAUCAUCGAUCAUUCGUGGUUCCGUUGGAUAAUUAUUCCAAAGAAAACCCAUAUCCCAUGGGAAGCUGUGUUUCGUCGCCACUGAAAGGUUCUCCCUUUAGGAAGAGACCGGUAAGAAGACGGAAAAGCGGUAAGAGCAAAACAUCCACCAACCCUCGUGUCGAUUCCUCAACUAAUCUUUCCCAGAGAUUGAUUUUCCAGCCACCGAGCCGUGUUCUUCCCGAGCCCAUUGGUGAUGGAAUCUUCGUCAAGUAUGAGUUGGGGAAAGAACUAGGCCGUGGUGAGUUUGGAGUCACUCAUGAAUGUAUUGAGAUCACUACUCGAGAAAGGUUUGCAUGUAAGAGAAUAUCAAAGGAGAAACUAAGGACGGAGAUAGAUGUUGAGGAUGUAAGAAGAGAGGUAGAGAUCAUGAGAAGCUUACCAAAACAUCCAAACAUUGUUAGCUUUAAAGAAGCUUUUGAGGACAAAGACGCGGUUUAUCUAGUAAUGGAUAUUUGUGAAGGAGGAGAGCUUUUUGACCGUAUUGUCUCUAGAGGUCAUUACACUGAACGUGCCGCUGCUUCUGUCGCCAAAACCAUUCUUGAAGUUGUCAAGGUGUGUGAAAAAAAAAUUCAAAUCUCUUUGUAUCUUUUGUUUUUUCCCGCCUUUAUUGUUGUUUUCUUGUGUGUCAAGGUAUGUCAUGAACAUGGAGUGAUUCAUAGAGAUCUUAAACCAGAGAACUUCCUUUUCUCGAACGAAACCGAGACUGCACAACUCAAAGCUAUUGAUUUUGGUCUCUCCAUUUUCUUCAAACCUGGUCAGCGGUUCAACGAGAUUGUGGGAAGUCCUUACUACAUGGCUCCAGAGGUUUUGAGACGAAACUACGGUCCUGAGGUAGAUGUUUGGAGCGCUGGUGUUAUACUCUAUAUCUUGCUUUGUGGUGUUCCUCCCUUUUGGGCAGAAACUGAGGAAGGAAUAGCGCAUGCGAUCGUGAGAGGGAACAUCGAUUUCGAGAGAGAUCCUUGGCCGAAAGUCUCAACUGAAGCCAAAGAGCUCGUUAAGGACAUGCUUGAUGCAAACCCUUAUAGCAGACUCACAGUUCAAGAAGUUCUUGAACAUCCAUGGAUCCAGAACGCAGAGAGAGCACCAAAUGUGAAUCUUGGAGAUAACGUGAGGACCAAGAUUCAACAGUUCUUGUUGAUGAACAGGUUCAAGAAGAAAGUCCUCAGGAUUGUUGCUGACAAUCUACCAAACAAGGAGAUAGAAGAGAUAGUACAGAUGUUUCAAACGAUGGACACUGACAAGAACGGUCGCUUGACAUUCGAGGAACUAAGAGAUGGGCUGAAAAAGUUUGGAACAGUUUGUCCCGAUGGCGAUGUGAAGAUGCUGAUGGAUGCAGCGGAUACAGAUGGAAAUGGGAUGUUGAGCUGUGAAGAGUUUGUGACUUUGGCAAUACAUUUGAAGAGAAUGGGUUGUGAUGAGCAUUUGCAGCAAGCAUUCAAGUAUUUUGACAAGAAUGGGAACGGAUCUAUUGAGCUAGAUGAGCUCAAGGAAGCUCUAUUUGAUGAUGAUAAGCUAGGCCAUAAUGGUGAUCAGUGGAUCAAAGAUAUCUUCUUUGACGUUGACCUCAACAAGGAUGGACGGAUAAGCUUUGAUGAGUUUAAGGCGAUGAUGAAGUCAGGGACUGACUGGAAAAUGGCAUCGAGACAGUACUCUAGGGCCUUGUUGAAUGCUCUGAGCAUCAAGAUGUUCAAAGAAGAUGGUGGGAACAAUGGUCCUAAAUUUCAUUCCAUGGAGUUCCCUGUAGCAAGGAAGAAAGCUAAGAUACUUGAUCCCAAGAACAAGUCAAUGGAGCUUGUCCACUCCAGAACCUAUAAGCCCUCAGGUCUAAGAAACUAAAGAAACUGAUCUCUUUGUUACUCUUUUUUAAUCUGUUUGUUCUUGGAGCUACUAGUGACAAAAGAAAAUGUGAUUAUUGCUCAUCUUCUUUUCUUUAGAACUCUUUUCAACACAACUGGAAGAUGAAAACAGAAGAGCAUAGAAACUUCAUUUUAUCAAAAUUGUUGCAUUUGAAUAUAUAUAGUUUAAUAAUUAAAACACCCAAAAGUUUCAGUACCCUAAGAGUUAUUCUUCAAAUGUAACUUGAAUUCAAUAUUACAAACAGAGAUUUGUCAAGUGAAGGCAAACACAAAGCAGCCACCAUUCACUCCAUUUUGUUUCAUAGAGAUUGUCAUAGCAGAGCAGAUGACAGAAGUAAAGUUACAAUGUGUGAAGAGAUAACACAGACAUAUUCUUUUACACUAUACAUAAGCAGGAAACAUAACACAAACCCUACAUUCCAAACCUGCACACACACAUAAAAGAAGAACUGGACCUUUUCCACUAUGUGAGUGCAGUUUAGGGGGUUUUCUUUGAUCGUGUGCAUUCUCCAAAUGUCCAAAGAAACAGCUGGAAGUAAUCUCAAGACCAAUUCAGGGUUUUAUACCUUGACGAA